AUGGCUGUGCAGCAUCCCCAUCGCCUCAUCAACCUAGCCCCAUCACCCCAACCAGAUCACCCCAGCCCCAUCGCCCUAGUCACAUCACCCCAGCCAGAUCACCCCAGCCCCAUAACCGCAGCCCCAUUACCCCAGCCCCAUGACCCUAACCAGAUCACCCCAACCAGAUCAUCCCAGCCCCAUCACCCCAGUCACAUCACCCCAACCAGAUCACCCCAGCCCCAUCACCCCAGCCCCAUCACCCCAGCCCUAUCUCCCCAGGCCCAUCUCCCCAGGCCCAUCACCCCAGCCCCAUCUCCCCAGGCCCAUCACCCCAGCCUCAUCACCCCAGCCCUAUCUUCCCAGCCCCAUCACCCCAGCCCCAUCUCCCCAGCCCCAUCUCCCCAACCCCAUCACCCCAGCCCCAUCAUCCCAGCCCCAUCUCCCCAGCCCCAUCUCCCCAACCCCAUCACCCCAGCCCCAUCUCCCCAGCCCCAUCUCCCCAGCCCCAUUUCCCCAACCCCAUCACCCCAGCCCCAUCUCCCCAGCCCCAUCUCCCCAACCCCAUCACCCCAGCCCCAUCUCCCCAGCCCCAUCUCCCCAGCCCCAUCUCCCCAGCCCCAUCACCCCAGCCCCAUCAUCCCAGUCACAUCUCCCAAGCCCCAUCUCCCCAGCCCCAUCUCCCCAACCCCAUCACCCCAGCCCCAUCAUCCCAGUCACAUCUCCCAAGCCCCAUCUCCCCAGCCCCAUCACCCCAACCCUGUCACCAGUCUCUCUCCAUCCCCUGCCCUCAUCCAGCACCAACUAUAA